AUGUGCGAGCACUGCAGCCCUCAGAGGCGACCUCCGGGGGACCUCGGGGGACCUCCGGGGGACCUCCGGGGGACCUCCGGGGGACCUCGGGGGACCUCCGGGGGACCUCCGGGCGACCUCCGGGGGACCUCCGGGGGACCUCCGGGGGACCUCCGGGGGACCUCCGCGGGGACCUCCGGGGGACCUCCGGGGGCCCUCGGGGGACGUCCGGGGGACCUCCGGGCGACCUCCGGGGGACCUCCGGGGGGCCUCCGGGGGGACCGCCGGGGGACCUCCGGGGGACCUCCGGGCGACCGCCGGGCGACCUCCGGGGGCCCUCCGGGGGCCCUCCGGGGGACCUCCGGGGGACCUCAGGGCGACCUCCGGGGGACCUCCGGGGGACCUCCGGGGGGAUCUCCGGGGGACCUCCGGGGGACCUCCGGGGGCCCUUCGGGGGACCUCCGCGGGGACCUCCGGGGGACCUCCGGGGGCCCUCGGGGGACCUCCGGGGGACCUCCGGGCGACCUCCGGGGGCCCUCCGGGGGACCUCGGGGGACCUCCGGGGGGCCUCCGGGCGACCUCCGGGGGACCUCCGGGGGACCUCCGGGGGGAUCUCCGGGGGACCUCCGGGGGACCUCCGGGGGGCCCUCCGGGGGACCUCCGGGGGACCUCCGGGGGUACCUCCGGGGGACCUCCGGGCGACCUCCGGGCGACCUCCGGGGGCCCUCCGGGGGCCCUCCGGGGGGACCUCCGGGGGCCCUCCGGGGGACCUCGGGGGACCUCCGGGGGGCCUCCGGGGGGCCUCCGGGGGACCUCGGGGGACCUCCGGGGGGCCUCCGGGGGGCCUCCGGGGGACCUCGGGGGACCUCCGGGGGACCUCCGGGGGGCCCUCCGGGGGACCUCCGGGGGCCCUCCGGGGGACCUCCGGGGACCUCCGGGGGACCUCCGGGGGACCUCCGGGCGACCUCCGGGCGACCUCCGGGGGCCCUCCGGGGGCCCUCCGGGGGGACCUCCGGGGGACCUCCGGGGGACCUCCGGGGGGACCUCCGGGGGACCUCCGGGCGACCUCCGGGGGACCUCCGGGGGACCUCCGGGGGGACCUCCGGGGGACCCCCGGGGGGACCUCCGGGGGACCUCCGGGGGACCUCCGGGGGACCUCCGGGGGGACCUCCGGGGGACCUCCGGGGGACCUCCGGGGGACCUCCGGGGGGACCUCCGGGGGACCUCCGGGGGACCUCCGGGGGACCUCCGGGGGGACCUCCGGGGGACCUCCGGGGGGACCUCCGGGGGACCUCCGGGGGACCUCCGGGGGACCUCCGGGGGGACCUCCGGGGGACCUCCGGGGGGACCUCCGGGGGACCUCCGGGGGACCUCCGGGGGACCUCCGGGGGGACCUCCGGGGGACCUCCGGGGGGACCUCCGGGGGACCUCCGGGGGAGAUCGAAAUCUAGAAACGUUCUGGUACGAUCUGAGGCAUUUCUGCAGUGUAAUACAUAG